AUGGCGCUCACGCGCCACCUCCUGCUGCUCGUCGUCUUCUUCGUCGCUUUCGCCGCGCAUCUCGCCAUCGGCGCUACCGCUCUGCACGGCGCCGCGGAGCCCACAUCGCUGCGCGCUCCAGACGACGCCAUCAAGCCCAUGGGAGCCGCGGAUGCGGUCGGCGCGCGGCGCACUGCGCUCGAGGGGCACGCGGAAGCAGUCUUCCGCUCAACGGCCCGUUGGGGGAGCUCCGCGACGCCGGGGGUACCGCCACAAUCUUCCCUGUCAAUGCUUCCGGCGCGUGCUCUUCCGCGCCGCGCACUCAAGGACCGCGCGACAGACCUGAACUCGCCGCUGCAGGUCGCUGAAAUGGACAGCGAGAUCGACAGUAUCGAGGACAACGAUUUCGAGGGAGUCGUGCCUGGCGACGAAGCGGCAGAGAUCCGCGGAGAACCCCGCAGGGGUCUCGCGCAAGGUAAGGGAAACGACUUGAAAAAGCUUGGGAGCGACCUGGCGAAGAAGGCGGCGAAAAAGGCUGGCGAAAAGGUGGCGAAAAAGGCGGCGGAGGCUGUGGCGAAGAAAGCACUGGAGUCUGUGGGCGGCUCGGCAGUAGGAGGCGUUGCGUCGAUCAUAGGCGUGGGAGGCAAGGACACCAUGCUCUCCAAGGUUGGCGAGGACCUUGAAAAAUCCGGCAAGGUUGGACGCGUUAUAGGAAAGAUAAUGCAGAACAAGGUUGUGAACGCCGUAGUGAAUACGGUGGUGCCUAAACCGCUCAUGAUGGGGCUGAAUGCGGCGGCGGGGAAAUACAAGGAGAUCAAGAAGGGGGUGGUGGUAGCUGGGAAAGCGAUUGGGAAGGGUGCUAAG